AUUACUCUUUUUUUUUAGCUUUGAUAAAUGAAGGAGAUGAUCACCUUGUAUUUUUGAUAACCCCGAAAGAUCUAUUUUGUUCUGGCGUUCAAACUUUGAGAGAUAGUGUGCAAAUACUAGAAACUCAUGGAUACUUCUUUGAAGUCCCUCAAUUCUUGCAGACAUCUUAAAGAACAGUUUGUGAGCAACCUCACUGGAUCUUCUAUGCUGGAAUUGUUUUCUCUCAUGACACUUCUCUUUAGUGUGACACUCUUACAACAUUAUGUUGGAUCCGAUGCUCAAACAGAUGCUUUUUCGAAGAAGCAUGAAAAAGAAAAUGGGAUUGCCCGUACUAAGCACUUGGGGAUUUACAUUGUUGCAGUUGGUUUAGAUUUCCUCUGCACAGUUGUUCCUUUCGUUUUAUUUACAACUGUUCUAUCAGAUUGGACUUCAAUAAAUACAUCUAUGGUUGCCUUAUUGUUGCUUUUAUGUAUUUUGUCUCGAAGUUUUGGAUCUUUUCCGGAUGAUGGGCUUCAAUCUCUUAGACAAAAUAUAUCAGCUUACAGAGUAUUCAUGAUGCUUAUUACAUGCUUGUGUAUUCUGGCUGUUGACUUCAGAAUAUUUCCUAGAAGAUUUGCCAAAACAGAGACUUAUGGAACUAGCUUGAUGGAUAUUGGUGUAGGCUCAUUUGUAUUAGCAAAUUCAUUGGUUUCACGACAUGCACGUGGCAUCUCAAUAGUGAAUCUAACUAGUUCUUUGCGUUCAAGUACACCACUUAUAUUUCUAGGCCUUGUCCGACUAAUUUCUACGUCAAGUGUAGAUUAUCAGGUUCAUGUAGGGGAGUAUGGAGUGCAUUGGAAUUUCUUUUUCACUCUCGCUAGUGUGACAAUCCUAACAUCGAGUGUUAAUGUUUCUCCAAAUUACUGUGGAAUUCUCGGUUUACUCAUUCUCCUAGGGUACCAAGUUUGCUUGUUACUUGGGCUUAAUGAGUAUCUGCUUUCGGAUAAAAGAGGAGCAAAUUUAAUUAGCCAAAACAAAGAAGGAAUUUUCAGCAUUUUUGGUUAUUGGAGUUUAUACCUUAUUGGUGUCCAAUUAGGACAUUUUCUUUUCUUCGGGAAGGAUUAUAAUGUUACAUCGAGAACCAAUAAAUUGGCAACAAUAAGAGUUUGUGUUCUAUCUCUAUCACUUUGGUUGUUUACAUAUAUCGUGGACACACAUGUUGAAAGGGUUUCACGUAGAACGUGUAACCUUGCAUAUGUUUGUUUCGUAUUGGCUCUAAAUCUACAGGCUUUGGGGAUAGUUAUGCUUUCUGGUUUUGUCUUUCGACGCAAAAUAUCUGCCUUGGAGGAAGCUUUUGAUCAAAACCUCCUUGCAACCUUUCUUCUGGCAAACAUGCUCACAGGGCUUGUGAAUCUAUCUAUUGACACACUGUCUGUGUCUUCAAUCUCAGCACUUGCCAUCUUACUAGCCUAUGGGUUUGUGUUAUCUCUAACAGUUGGUAUUGCCAACUUUUAUGGCUUCAAGUUCAAGUUCUGGUAGUGAAGCUUGUGCAACUUCAAGGUCAGAAUUGAUCUUACCUUGUAGUAAUUUUUAAAAGAAAAAAUGUUGAAGUCUUUCCUUAAUCUAAUUCCACUUUUUGUCCAUACAGAUUGAACAAUAACAGUGUUUCCAUAUAAAAUAUUAUUUCAAUUGUUUAUGUUUGCCUUCGAAUUACUUUGAGGCUCCGUCUGGUACACGGAAUUCAAACUAUGGAAUUGGAAUUGGGGACAACAAUUUCAAUUUUGCUGUUUGGUAGCACAAGAAUGUGGAUUUAGAAUUGGUAGUGCCAGAUAUGUAUUGAAAUUGGAGGAUUCAAUUCCCUCCAAAUCAAUUCCAUAGAAUUUU